GUUCUCCCUUUUUUUACUUCCUCCCACACGGAACAGGAUCCGCGGUACCACUUGUUUCAUGUUGGUAGCACUACUCAGCUUCAGUUCCAAAACUCUAUCACAAGUUUGGCUGUGGCUGGACACUUCAACUGUAACAGUGGCGAAGUGUCAGCGAAGUGAGGAGUGGGAGCCUCGCUAACCAGCUGGUAGCUAACAGAGGAUGGGAGCCGGUUCUCUAUCUUCGUCUCAGGAGAGGCGUAUAUGAGCUAACAUAGUGUUUUUAAACCAGAACCAGCAGCAUCAGAUGUUAUAAUAGAAUCCAGUCUGUUAGCUAGUUGUCUUCGGAGAAAAUACAUCCAUGGAGGAGGUUGACAAAAUUUUGAUUCACGCCCUCAAACAAGUCGGCACGGAGGUGAGUGAGGAGAUUGACAGUGUCAGACAGUUCAGCAGUGAGCUGAUCGUGCAGGCGGUGGUCCGAUGUAUCCAGGUGAUUGAUCCAGGCCUUGGCAGUUCGCUGCCCACCUCCCUACCUCCAGGCAUGUCUGCUCGUUUCAGAGUAGGAAUGAGCCUAGCACAAGCCUGUCAGGAAAUUGGUUAUAAAGGAGAGAUAGGCUAUCAGACUUUUCUGUACAGUAACGAGCCGGAGAUCCGCUCCCUGCUCAUGUGCCUGGUGGAGAAGUUGCCCAGAGAGGGUGCUGAAACCUCAGACCAGCCGACAGGUAAAUCAGUGGUUCUCCAGAGAGGAAUUGCUGCUGCAAUCAAAGCCCAGCUGGCCGUUCCCUGGCUGCCAACGCACUGCCGACUACCACUGCACAUCGAAACACAAAGUCCAGAAGCAUUGCAUAGCUUCCAUGCACAGCCCCUACGUUUAUCACCCUUCACUAAAGGCCCAGAAAAGAAGCAGCUAAAAGUUAAGAAGAACUACCAGCGAGACAUUCUUCCGCCUGUAACCGCCCAGCUUUCCUUUCAUACCUCUUUGAUGGCAUCCUUACUUGAGAAGCACACCGAUGAGUUGAGUGCUGCUCAGGAGUGGGACAAUGAGUGGAACAGUCAGGGACUCCUUUCUCGCCUCACUCCAAAGGAGUAUCGAUCAAGAAAACUGACUCGACUGCGGAAACGUGUUAAGGAGCAGCUUCGUGCUGCUGAAGUACCUGCUUCUGAAAGUGCCUUUGGCGGUAGUCGCUCAAACACUGACCUAUUUGAGCUACUGCAGACCUUCAAGGGCUCUGCCCUGUCCGACCUCAUUCUGACCAAAGGGACCCACUUCACCCACACUAAAAAGUUCACAUUUGAACAGGAGUCAGCAUCUGUAACUAACCCCAUCCCAUCUGGGCAUCAGUCAGAGAGUGACAUCCAGGACCGUCAGCAGAUGGAGUUGGCUGCACUCCAGCACCAAUUCCAGCAGCUUUGCAGUGAUGGUGACCAGCUAACAGCGGACAUGAAGCACAUUAGUGUCACUAAUACACAGAUGUUGAAUGAGUUAAAGCAGAGCGAGCUGGGAAUUUCUGAAAAAGAGAACAAGAUGCAGGUGAAGAAGAAAACAAUUGGCCUUUUGCCAGAUGCAGAUGACAACCUGCUGAAGCUUCAGGUUCUGGUAGAGGCCAGCACUAAGCGUUUGGUGAAUCUGGCUUCUCAAUGGGAGAAACACAGAGCUCCACAUAUGGAUGAGUACCGUACACUCAAAGAAAUAUGCAGCAACCAUGAUCUGGAGUCAUCAAGAAUGAUGUCUGAAAUCAGGUCCCUGCAUGACAAGAUCCGUAUCUCUACAGAGGAGGCCAGGAAAAAAGAAGAAAUGUACAAACAAUUGGUAACAGAGUUAGAAAAUCUUCCUCAGGAUGUGUCUCGGUCAGCAUACACUCAGAGGAUUCUAGAGAUUGUCAGCAACAUCAAGAAACAGAAGGAGGAAAUUACAAAGAUAUUGUCAGAUACUAAGGAGCUCCAGAAAGAAAUCAACAACCUGACAGGAAAACUGGACAGGACCUUUGCUGUGACUGAUGAGCUGGUCUUCAAGGAUGCCAAAAAAGAUGAAUCUGUCCGCAAAUCCUAUAAGUACCUGGCUGCCUUGCAUGAAAGCUGUAAUCAGUUGAUCCAAACCAUCGAGGAGACAGGCACAAUUUUGAGAGAGAUUCGAGAUCUAGAAGAACAGAUUGAGACAGAAAAUGGAAACAAAACUGUGUCAAACCUGGAGAGGAUUCUGGAUGACUACAAGUGUAUUCGACAUGAGAACUCAGCGCUCGCUGCCAAAGUCCGAGAAGGCUGAGGGUCGACCUGGUUUCACUCUUCUGCCUGCUGAGGCUAAAGUUUUAACAAAACACCUGGAUUGGACUGAGAGAGAACUCCCAUAGGAGACAUGCUUUUCUUUUGAGUCAAUUAGAAUUUGGUACCAUGAAAAUAACAUGUGGAUGGAUAGAGAAGGCAAUUCGAUUUUCAAACUUCAGUGUUCAUUUCUUGAUGCUUUCUUAAGGGGUCCUUGCUUGAUUGAUUUGUACACAAAUGAAACAUGACACUGGACAGCAGAGGAGACUGUCAGACCUCUUGUGUAAAGUAUAAUUAUUCAUAUUGCUGUAUGCAAAGUUUUCAUAUCUUGAUCAUAAUGAAAUCUUUAAAUUGAAACUGUUAAUACAGUAAUUAUUGAUUGGCUGUUCCUUGUGUCAUGAUUAUAUCUGAACUGAAUAUGUUGAGUAGUAUUUGAAUGGAGUCCAAUAAUAAUGCCCCCAAUAGAAAAGUAUUGAUGUUGUUUACCAGCUUAAAUAAAGAUGCCUUCAAAAUUCAA